AUGGCCAUGUGGAGGACAACCGGAGCUCUGCUGCUAAUCCUACAAACAGUGUCGAGCCAGGGCCGCAUCCGAUGGUGCACCACCUCAGAUGCAGAGCACAGGAAGUGUCUGGCCAUGUCUCAGGCCUUCGCCGCCGUCUCCAUCCGUCCAACGCUCGGCUGCGUCAACGGCGUGACGGUGGAGGGCUGCGUUCAGAAACUACAGAAAAAAGAAGCAGAUGCCGUGUCCAUGUACGGCACUGACGUCUACACCCUGGGGAAGACGACGUCCUUCAAGAUGGCGGGCAGUGAAUCAAAAGCUGAUGAUACCGGUGCUUCCUACUACGCAGUUGCUGUGGUGAAGAAAGCAAAUCAUGCCAUAAACAUCACCAACCUGGCUGGAAAAAAGAGCUGCCACACCGGUAAAGGCCGGACAGCUGGCUGGAAUAUGCCUUUAGGAUAUCUCAUUGACCAGGGCUACAUGUCUGUGAUGGGCUGCAACAUCCCCGAGGGCGUGGCAAAUUUCUUCAAUGCCAGCUGUAUUCCCGGAGCGAACGAGGCGGGCGACCCCGCGUCUCUGUGCCAGCUGUGCGUCGGAGAUGAGGAUGGAACGCACAAAUGUGAAAUGAGCAACAAAGAGAGAUACUUCAGCUACGAAGGAGCGUUCAGGUGUAUGGCUGAAGGUGCAGGAGAGGUGGCCUUCAUCAAACACACGACUGUCGGGGAAAACACCGAUGGUGUCGGUCCACCAGACGGACUGCUGUCAGCGGACUACGAGCUCUUGUGUCGUGACGGCACCAGAGAUUCCGUCUCCAACUGGAGAACAUGCCAUCUGGUUCGCAUCCCGUUUCGUGGGAUUGUUGUCGGCACUGACAUCACUUCUUCUUUGGUGUUCGGCAUGCUGAAGGAGGGGCUGGAGAAGUCUGGCUUCAACAUGUUUUCGUCAACGGCUUUCGGCGGAGAAAAUCUACUCUUCUCUGACUCAACCACCCAAUUUCAACCGGCUAAUUCAGAGGACCCCAAAAAGUGGAUGGGUCACUUCUAUUAUAACGCUCUGAGAGCCAUGGACUGCAAACGCGAAGAUAUGCUGCGGUGGUGUGUGUUGUCCGGUGGCGAGCAGCAGAAGUGUGGCGACAUGAGCACGAGCUUCAAACGUAAAGGUCUGACUCCAAUCAUCAAUUGUGUCUACGGGGAGUCGGUGACGGACUGCAUGAACAAAAUCAAGAACAACGAGGCCGAUGCCGUCACUCUGGAUGGAGGUUACAUCUACUCAGCAGGCAAAGACUACGGCUUGGUCCCGGCUACCGGCGAGAGCUACACCGACGACCGCGAUGGCUCCAUGUACUAUGCAGUCGCGGUGGUGAAGAAGAGCAGUCUUGACAUCCGUAACCUCGACAACCUGCGCGGCCGUCGCUCCUGUCACACCGGAUACGGUCGCACCGCCGGCUGGAACGUUCCCGUGGCGACGCUGAUGGAUAAAGGCCUGAUCAGCCCUCAGCAAUGUCAGAUACCCCAAGCGGUGGGAGGGUUCUUCAAGCAGAGCUGCGUACCCGGUGCCAAUCAGCCUGGUUUCCCCGGCAACCUGUGUGAGGUUUGCGUCGGCGACAUAACGGGACAGAACAAAUGUGAGAAGGGAAAAGACCUGUACGAUGGAUACGACGGUGCCUUCAGGUGUCUCGCAAAAGGAGAUGGAGAUGUGGCUUUCGUCAAACACUCUACUGUCUUCCAAAACACCGAUGGUAACUCUGGUGAAUCAUGGGCUGUGGAUCUCCGGUCUUCAGACUUCCAGCUGCUGUGUUCUCAGGACACUAAAGCAGAGGUCACACAGUUCAGACACUGCAACCUGGCUAGAGUCCCCUCCCAUGCCGUAAUGGUACGGCCCGACACCAACAUCCACGCUAUCUAUGGACUCCUGGACCGCGCACAGACAUACUUCAGCAGUGACACCGGUCCUGAGUUCAGGAUGUUCGACUCCCAGAAAUACACGGGCACAGACCUCAUGUUCAAAGACUCCACCGUGCGCCUCGUGGGCGUCGCUGACAAGAAGACCUACGAGGAGUGGCUGGGCCAGACCUACAUGGAAUCACUGGUCGAUAUGCAGUGUAACUCAUCGAGUGCAGUGAUGUCAUCGGUGUGGCUGCUGCUGUUGGUCCCGUUCAGCUUCGUGCUCACCAACCUCUGGAUGUAAUGUGACACUCAGGCGUCCGGCCUCCACUCCUUCUCCCUUUCCUCAUCUCCUUCUCCCUUCUUCCUCCAUGUUCUCCAGUCCUCAGUGCUCACUCCUUUAUUUCUAUUUCCUUUUAAAUUCUCACACAGAAGUCUUCAGAAUUCAUACAGCUUGAGCCCAGACCAAUUUAGCCCAGCUUUCCUUGUCUGUCCCCAUUUUUUUAUUUUUUAAAUGCAUAAUUUCGACCCGAUUCUGGGUUGUUUUAACGUACGAGAGGAUUUAGAAAGUGCUCGUGUUAAAAUAAAGCACAUCGUCGCCUAUUUCUUAUGAGAUAAGAACGUUUAAUUGCCAACGAACUUUCCGCUGUUGUAAAUCUGACAUGAUGAGAGAAGGUGUUUACUGAAGGUGAGCUGCCAUAUCAGUGCGUAUGCUGCCACCUGUUACAUUCAUUUAGUGCUUUGUGCAUGCCUGCAUCAUCAUUUUUACAAAGAACAUAUGUCACAUUUCAACUUCUACCACAGAGUUCCGAAUAAUAUCUAUUGGUCAUUUGACCUUUUACUUUCUGUAAUUAAAAAAAAAAAGAAAUACAAUUAUUUUAUGCAGAGAUGAGAGGAUUGUUCUCAUCUCUGCGAAGCGUUUGUAGCUCGAGUCAGAGGUUUAUCAGCUUAUCUUACCGUAAAGCGCUCUCUUUUAAAUGGUAUUGGUUGAUAGCUACCUGCUUUAACUGACCUCAGAUCAGCUCUCCCCUUCGUAAACGUGAAUAGAAGUCAGAUUGCUGUAGCUCCGAUAAGCUAAUGCCAUAUCAGUGAAUAUGCACUAGUGUUACCCCCACACACAGCUGUGCUGGGGAUGGUGUGUGAUGAGUGUUUGUCCGAAUGUCCGCUUCAUGCAUUCUCCUCAAAUGAAUUAUUCAUUUUAACGUGAUGAAUUGAUUUCUUAUUAUUUUUGUCGUGAUGGGAACUUCUUUAACAGCAGAUAGUGAGAAUAACUUCCACCUGCAGCCAUUUCUCAGUUUACAACUUUUUAGAAAUUCAGUUUACACAUUUGAAACAAAUCAAGUAGAGAAACCCUGACACACGGGUUUGAGAAUCACAUAAAUAUAACAUAUUGUAGUUUUUUGCUGGAGAGACAAUGAGUUUUAGUUUUUUUCUGUGUGAUUUUAAUGAGUUUGUGUCAGUUGAGGAAAAACUCUGACCUCUGUUGGUCAUGCAAGUGUCAAAAGAAUAAGAGUAAAAAAGAAUUUAAUAAAAGAAAAGAAAAGUUCAUACUCCAGCUCUCCAGCCUUAACCCAAACUCUCUUCAGAAAUGUGUCUUUCUAACUCAAAUAUGUUCCCGUCAUCUCCUCUACUUCCUGUUGCUCGAUGCAGUUUCCUGUUAUUAAUGUUGAUUGGAUGUGUAUUUUUCCUUUGUUGAAGAGAUUUAUUUUUAUAUGAAGUCCAGAUGCCAUAUCAGUGUAUAUGUACUGACUCAUGCUGUCAGAAACAAAUAACCUUAUCUUCCUCCUGAUAGAGAUUUAUUUCUAUGUGAAAUGAUGUAACAUGUAACUAAUAUUUAGUUGCCAGGCCAGUGAGUCUGCACAAGUAUUGUGUUUGUUCAAAUGGAAUAAAGCUAUAUUAAAUGCAA